UCGCCUCUCCGCCCUCCGCCGUCCUUCCCGCGGCAGCUCCGCGGGUGCCGGAGGAGGCACAAGCGGAGCGAGGGGCGGGCGCCGGGGCCGCUGCCCGCUUCCCGGUGCGGGCAUCGCCGGGGGAGCGCGGAGCGCGGAGCGGAGCCCGGCGCCGCCUCCAUGUUCCAGCUGCCUAUCCUCAAUUUCAGCCCGCAGCAGGUGGCCGGGGUCUGCGAGACCCUGGAGGAGAGCGGGGACAUCGAGCGCCUGGGGCGCUUCCUCUGGUCCCUGCCCGUGGCCCCCGCGGCCUGCGAGGCCCUCAACAAGAAUGAGUCGGUGCUGAGAGCCCGGGCCAUCGUGGCCUUCCACACGGGGAACUACCGGGAGCUCUACCACAUCCUAGAGAACCACAAGUUCACCAAGGAGUCCCACGCCAAACUACAAGCGCUCUGGCUGGAAGCGCAUUACCAGGAGGCGGAGAAGCUGCGGGGCCGACCCCUGGGGCCGGUGGACAAGUACCGGGUGAGGAAGAAGUUCCCGCUGCCCCGCACCAUCUGGGACGGCGAGCAGAAGACACAUUGCUUCAAGGAGCGGACGAGGCAUUUGCUGCGGGAGUGGUACCUGCAGGACCCUUAUCCCAACCCCAGCAAAAAGCGGGAACUGGCUCAGGCCACGGGACUUACCCCCACGCAAGUGGGCAACUGGUUCAAAAACCGCAGGCAAAGGGACAGGGCGGCAGCCGCUAAGAACAGGCUGCAACAGCAGAUCCUAACGCAGGGCUCUGUGCGCUCGCUGCAAGCGGAGGAGGAGAGCGGCGGGGAAGCAGGGGGGGCCGCCUCCAGCCCCGCAGCCAGCCUCUCCAGCAAAGCGGCCACCUCCGCCAUCUCCAUCACAUCCAGCGACAGUGAAUGUGACAUCUGACCCACCACCACGGCAAACAGCGGGCAGCGGGGAGGGGGGGCAGCUAACCGGUGCCUCCCGACGCGGCCGGGGCAGCCGGGCUCACCAUCGCCCGGCCGCGAUGGCCAAAGCCGGGGUACGGGGCGCUCCCCGGCCACAGGCCGCCCGCCCGCGCCGCCCUCCCAGGCCCGCAACAGACUGCAUCAAAAAACGUGGUAAAAAUCGUUGUCGCCUUUAUUUCUAAGGAUUUGCAGAGUUGAUGCCUAAAAAACCCCAAAAUGAUAAGAGGGGGAAAAGGAAAAAAAAAAAAAAAAAGAAAGGAAGCCCAGAAAAUAUUAAAAAAAACCCAAAAAACAAAACACCACACACGACAAAAAACAACAACAAAAAACCCCGAAUGCCAAGUCGCAAAAUGUCUGAGCGCUGCCCUUAUUCCACGGGGGUGUUUCAUGUUGAAAAGACGCUGUUCUUUUGGUUGGGUUUUACUUUACUUUAAAUUACUUUAAAUUUGGAGGUUUUUUUAUAUAAAUAUAUAAUAUGUUUAUUUACUUAUUUAAGGGAUUGCUAUGGUAGAUUUUUUCUAUUAUUAUUAUUAAUUAUUAUUAUUUUUUGCUUGUUCUCUGUGUGCACAGGUGACUUGUAGAGCAUGUGCAGGACGAAACUGUAUGAAGCAGCCUAAACCCAUAAUAAAAUAUUUGAU